AUGUCUCUGCGGCUACACGAAUUCAGCGAAGGUGCUGACUGGUCGUCAUGGAUCGAACGCCUGGCAUUCUACUUCGAAGCCAAUGAAAUCACCCAACCGACGAAGAAACGGGCUUUUCUCCUAAGCCAAUGUGGUGAGCGGACAUACCAGACAAUACGAGCCCUUGUCCACCCUCGACUUCCAGCCGAAGUGGAUUAUGCCGAACUUGUGCAAAUUCUGAGUGGACACUUCGACCCUAAGCCUACCGAACUUCUGGGACGCUGCAAGUUCCACAAACGGGAUCAACUUCCCUCGGAAUCUAUUUCGCAGUACGUGACGGAGCUUCGAAGUAUUGCGAAGGAAUGUAACUUCGGAACACCAGCAGCGAGGCCUCUGCAAACCACUGCAGAGUCAGGCGAUGCAGUAGCCACGCCGGUCGACCCCGUUCCAGCGCUGGACACGUCGCUACCUCUCAAAGUAAUGUUGAGAGACAGGCUGAUUUGCGGAGUUCGAGACCCAGCGCUUCAACAGCGUCUACUCACAGAACGGAACAUUACCUUCGAACGCGCUCUGGACCUAGCCUUGGCUGCGGAAUCCGCUUUAAACCAGCAGGCCCACAUCAAAGGAAUGGGGGGACUCUCAGCAAAUUAA